UGAUAUUCCGCCAGAAAAGUCGAAAAUGUUGUGUUCAGAGUGAAAAGAUGCCGUUUAAGUGUGUGAACUGGCUGAAAGCAGCUUUUCUUGUUAAACACGGCACAUGAAUGAACCAGGUAAAACAAAAAAGGUCAUAGUGGAGGAGACAAGUGUGAGCCCUUACGUUUGUUUCCCAACGAAUAUGGGUGUCUGAGUCUCUGCCUCCUCAAUAAUGAGAAAGUAAGAGGAAAAAAACUAUAGUUGGAGAAGAAGGAGGAGGAGGAGGAGAAGAGGAGAGGAGGGUGUCGGGAAAAAAAAAGAAGUAAAUUAUACAACGCGCCGGCUCUCUUCCACAGCCUCCUCCUCUCAUCUCCCCCACUACUAUAGCUGGUGGCUCCACACUCGCCGCGGCGCUCCGGAGCCUUCAGCGGACACCGGCUACUGUCCGUCGGCAUGUCGGCCGGUGGCUCUGAGGGGAUGGCUGACCAGAGGCCAGUGGAGGAGCCGGGUCCGAGCCAGAUGGGACUGUCACUGCCAGCUGUCGAGUUGCCAAGGAAACGAAAGGGAGACGUGGAGGAGAGAUCAGAUGCCCAGCUACAGGAAGGCCUUGACUUCCAAAUGGACGACGACCUCAGCAGGUCUGAAGGAGAGGAUCAGCAAGUCAAAAUGAAAUGCUUCAGGGAGCCUCAUCGCCAGAUUGAGAAGCGGCGAAGGGAUAAAAUGAACACUCUCAUUGACGAGCUGUCCGCGAUGAUCCCUGCCUGUCAGCCAAUGACUCGAAGACUUGACAAACUCACUGUGCUGCGAAAGGCUGUCCAACACUUGAAAACCCUCAAAGCUGGGACGAGCAGCGCCUUCACAGACACCAGCUACAAGCCUUCCAUUCUGUCUCACGAUGACCUUGAGCACCUUCUGCUCAGUGCUGCAGACAGUUUCCUGUUAGUUGUGAGCUGUGAACGAGCGAAAAUCCUGUUCCUCUCCGAGUCCGUCUCCAAGAUCCUCAACUUAAGUCGGUUGGAGCUGAUCGGACAGAGUCUGUUUGACUUCAUUCACCACAAAGACAUCAACAAGGUGAAGGAGCAGCUGUCGUCCUCUGACCUGCAUCCUCGCCAACGCCUCAUAGAUGCAGCGACCGGAGCUCAGGUGCAGACCGAUGCCCCCAUCAGGGCCUCUCUGUCCACUGGGGCUCGACGUUCCUUCUUCUGUCGCAUGAAGCUCAGUCGGGUCGCUGGGAAGCACGAAGACAAACGCCCUCUGCCCACUACUUCCAAGAAGAAAGACACCUACAGAUACUGUACCCUGCACUGCACUGGAUACAUGCGGAGUUGGCUGAGCAGCCAGAUGGACUCCGAGGGCGACACUGAGAAGGAAACCUCAAACUUGACCUGUCUGGUGAUGGUGUGCUGCCUCCACCCUCACGUACCCCAUCACCCUUCCAAAGACCUCAAGGUCAAGCCCACUGAGUUCGUCACCCGCUGUGCGAUCGACGGCAAGUUCACUUUUGUAGACCAACAAGCCACGACUGUUAUUGGUUAUCUGCCACAGGAACUCCUGGGCACCUCGUGUUAUGAGUACUUCCACCAGGACGACCUGCAGCACCUCUCAGAGAAACACAGGCAAGUUCUUCGGUGCAAAGAGAAGAUUGAGACACAGUGCUACAAGUUCAAAACAAAAUAUGGCUCCUAUGUUUCACUCCAAAGUCAGUGGUUUAGUUUCACAAAUCCGUGGACCAAAGAAGUUGAGUUUAUUGUGUCUGCAAACAGGGUUAUCUCCAGGGGGCCUGGUCACACAAAAGAUGAUGAGGAGGGAGGUUCUAAAGCACUUCAGGAAGUCACAAAGCAAAUACCCAUAAUUCCUGGCCUUUCCAGUGGAUCGGGGACAAUGAUCUACGCAGGCAGUAUAGGGACCCAAAUAGCAAAUGAGCUCACAGACUCCUACAGAGUGAACUCGUCUCCAUCAAGCGGAGCAUCCAGUCCGUUUGGUCCAGUCCAGGAGAAAUUUUCACUGGUUUCCCCUCAAACCAGCAGGAGUGUAUCCAGCAGAGACGACACAAUGGGCAGUUUAUCACAGUCUCAGUCGGACUCCAGGACGGCGAUGGGAGCUAGCAGCGCAACAUCUGAAAGUACAGGUGAACCAUCCCAGUUAUCAGACUUGGACAACAUGGUGGUGCCAGGCCUGAGCAACUUCACCAACGAUGAGGCAGCCAUGGCGGUCAUCAUGAGCCUGCUGGAGACGGACGUAAACAUGGGUCAGUCUGGAGCUUUUGAGGACUUAAACUGGCCUUUCUAGAAGGCGAAAACACUUACCACCACCAUAUGUGCUUUUUGUGCCAUUUUCUUGCCAUUUGCCAAGAACCUGGCUCUUCACUCAUUCACUGUUGUGAUGGACUGAUCUGGUCAAAAUCACUGGUCUUAAAAAAGGCUGGCUGCAGACACAAGAUGGCAGACCUCAGACAUGGAGGACCACUCAGUGAGUUGUCUUAUGUCACAUAAUACCCAUGAUGAUUCUACUUGCAGCUGGUUUACGCCCUGAAAACAAGUUGCUCAAAAAUGUCAAGUAGAAACACUGAAAUUAAAAGAAUGAAAACAUCAAAACUUGAGCACCCUCAACCAACUUGAACAAAAUAAUGAAUAUAAAUAACCACUAACUCCUGACUCCAUGUGAUAUAUUUCCUCUGGCAGGUAGUUCUAGAGUCUUACUUAUAAGCUCUAAAAUAAAAUAAAUAAUUAAAGCACUGAUAAUGCCACAAACUACAGCAUCAAUAGCUUCACCGACUACAGUCAUGAGUCAUUUACCCAUGUCUCUGUUUGUAUUUAUAAAAUACAUUAUUGGCUGUUUGUAGCUUUAGAAUAAGCUUUGUAUAUGUGCUUCAGGUCCUUGUUUUACAGAGGCUGCCGUUUUGCACUGUGCUGUUUCUACAGCAGCUUGAACGGAUUCCUUUUUGGUAUGCAGAGGCCACCGUAGUUCCCUGACAUGUUAAGGAAAGGGAGGAGUUAGAGGUUUGUUACAAUUGGCAGCGUUUGCAUCACUUGUUGCAUCACUAAUUCUUGCACACUUGAACUUAAAAAGGACAAGAAAAAAACCCAUAUGUAAACUUGUAAGGAAGUGAAAUCUGAGUGGAUACAGACUUGGAAAAAUAGUAAUGUAUUGUAUAUGGGAGAAAAAACUAGCAUGACACACACUAACAAAGCAGAAUACAUCUGCUGUGAAGCUCUUAUGUGCUCCAUGUUUUGAGAUUUGCCCUUGUGUCUGCUGUGUUGGCCUCUUCACUGGACCUGGACCAGAGGCUGUAACACCUCGUACUUGAGGACGCCAGGUGGAAGUUUAAGUUGGUAGGAGAUACUGUGAUUAGCUUGUUGGUCAUGCAGCUCUGGCCUGAAGGACAGAAGGACGUCACUGUGUCCUCAGAGUCCGUGGUGAUUCCGGGUUGCAUCUCCAAACGUGGGCAGUGCUGCUAAAGAAAGUCCUCAAACCUUUUCACUUUAGUGACAGCUGUGGUACCAGGUGAUAACUGAUAAGUUUGUUCUAUUUAUUUACUGUACUUUUUAAAGAUUCCAGAUGGUAACGAGUGUACAAGAAACUGCCAAUGCUACUCUGAGUGAGCUGAAAACCUUUCUGUGGGUUUAAAUUGAGUCAAUGGAAUAGUUUUUCCAUUUUCCUUGAAUAUUUAGUCCAUUUGGAAGGUUUUAAUUAAAGGUCUAGAGUAUAGAAUGAAUGGGGGGGGGGGGUUAUUAUGUAAAAGUGUACUGUGUUCUUUUAAAUUAUCACAUAAAAAUGUACAACUGUUGUGUAUUAUUUAAAAAGAGCAUGUCCCAUGCUCUGCCAUGUUUGUUUACAAACAGUAUUCAGUUGGUUGCAUUAUACAACUUUACCAAUAGGUGGCACUACAUCUUACACACUGUUUCUUAAACACAGCUGCACAAACCGCCAAGCUGCCAGUAAUGUCUUAAUGUCAACAAAAGAUUCAAUUAAUACAACUAUACUUUACAAGCUUUUUUUCAUUUCGUCGGCCAAGCAGCUGUCAAACAUGCAGACUUCAAACAGAAUCAUUGAACGAUCAGGAACUGUAAACCCAAGAGUAACGAUAUAUUCAUGUUGAUGUUACUCGUUUACAGCAUCCAUCUCAAUAAGUGUAGAACAUCCGUCUGAACAGCUAACUGUUUGAAAAAAAAAAACACACUUGAAUUAAAAAAAUAAUACUUGAAUAUUAAGCAGUUUUAUAGAUAGAUAGAUACUUUAUUCAUCUCACAGAGAAAUUAUUAUAAAAAGGACAACUUUAUUUAUUUCUUUUUGGAUUCGUUAAAUAAAAACAAACAGAUAAACCAGACGAGCACCUGCCAGGUGAAAUUUAAAAGAAGUGAAAAACACAUUUCUCAACUCUCCUUAAUAUUAGUUUUCACACUGAAGAACAGAGCUCUAUUACUGCCUGUGCACAUAUUUACUGAAACCUACUCAACACAGUUCUGUGAAGGACAACCACUGUCCACUUCACUCCUGGGAAAAUGUAGACAGACUGUGGAUAUAAGAACGUUCUCCAGUGUUAACAAGACACAAGCAAGUCUUUUUAUUUAUUUAUUUAUUUUGGAAGACACGUGUUUGUGUCUCCUUUGCGCUACUGUUGCCCUAAAAGUACUUACCUUCCACUGCACAGAAAUGAUCCAUCGCAAUGAAGGAGCUAAUUGUGGUGCCAUCUAUUAUUGAAUAACCCAUUAGCGUAAAAGCUAUUCUGAAUGUAAUCCGUGCAGAGGUAGUGCACAGAAAUCAAUUUGAACACAAGUGGUGCAUUUACAAGUGAAGGUUGAGGGUCUGAGCAAAUGGCCAUGAAUGAUGUACAGUAUAUUAUGAAGCUAUUUAUUUCCUCACAACCACACGUUUGAUGCCAGCUUUCCGUUGUUGACAGGCUGAUGAAAGCGGGUUCACCAAAAAUAAAAAGCAAAAAAGCAUUUUUAUCACAGCACAAACUCCUGAUAUCAGCUGUGUGAGAGUAUGUGAGUGUGGAUUUUAGUUGAAACCCAGGGACUGGCCUUCAUGUGUAACCUCUGGUUUGUAUCACUGAUUCUCCCUGUAGUUUGAGAAGCAUCAUGUGAUUGAUUGUGUUGCCUUAAACACAUGCUGUCUCAGCACAGGGUUCGAUUGUGAAUCAAGCCCUCUGUGCUUUCAUUGACUUAAAAAAUAGUGUUGGUAAUGGACAUUAUUUGCUGUUGCCAUCAGUGCCACUUGACAACAAUCACUGAAGUGUAUUGAACAUGCCCUGCUUAAGACAAAAUGUCUGAUAUUUGUAUGUGCAACCUGUCGAUGUAUCUGCUGUAACAAGGGAUGGA